CCCUGCGGACAGCAACACGAACAUGUCCAACAUGUCCCUAUCAGACUCAGAGCUCUCGUCGCUCUCAUCGGCACCCCCGUCCGACGAAGAAACGGGCUCCAUGGCCAUCGAUGAGCCCGUGGGCAUCGCGAAGUACUUCAAGAAGGAGUCCGAAUCUCCGCCGCCGAAGCGGGAGCCCUCACCACCCCACGAAUAUGUGUUGGCGGAUAAUUCAGAUAUUGCAUUCAUUGUAAUGUUCCGUGCGCGUUUUCAUGAUGCGUUCCCGCGAUCAACACCACACUUUGGACCACAAGAUAUUGAGAGAGGUGUUGCGGAAUCUCCCCCCGGGGAUCAUAUUGAGAGACUGUUAUGUGCAUUUCUUGGCUUGGUAUUGAACAGAAAGAAGGAUGUGGAUCGGAAUCAUUACCAGCGUCCGUUGGAAGAGGCAAUCCAAACCCAUGCUUCCCAAUGGCCCAAGGCUUGGCAAGGGAAGAACCCUCUGCACGGGGGUCGCACUUUCGCAACAAUGUCGCCAGAAGAACGCUUGCAACUACUGAAGUCGUUGAUCCUCUGGUCCCUUGCCUCGUCCGAUGCCGUCCAGGCUAAAAUCAAGGAGUCCUACAAACAAGCACGUCACGAAGACGACUUGAACCAACCACUAUCCGUCCAACCAUGGGGUCGCGAUGGCCUCAAGCGCAGAUACUGGCUCGUUGAAGGUCUGGAUGAUACACACUUUCGGCUAUAUCGCGAGAGUAACCCGUCUCUCAAAAACGUCUCUUGGUGGAGUGUGGCGGGAAGUAUCCCUGAAUUGAAGGCCGUUGCAGACAAGCUUGACACGGAGAAAAGUAUGCACUCAAAGAAACUCAGUGAGAAGAUAAGAAACUCAAUACCCCGUUUUGAGGGCUCAGAAGAGAAACGCAAACGCCGAGAUUACCGUAUUGCAAGGAAAGCAGCAUUCGCGCGCCCAGAGCCUGGUUUCUCCCUAUACGAGGGACGUACACGCGGAAAGAAGUUGAAAUACACCUACUCCGAUGACGAGGACAUUUUCUCUGAUGGCCUCCCCUCAACACGGCGUUCGACACGUAACGCAUCGGGUGUUUCUACACCCCCAGAGCCGACCGGGCCUAGAUUUACGGCCAGUGGGAGGCAAAUACGUUCACGCGCAGGUGGCUUAUAUGGUGAGGCAUUGCUGAGUGGUCAACGUGAGGACGUCAACGCCGGUGAAGAUGAUAGACCUUCAAGGACUCGGGCCACCCGAGCAAAUGGGUAUACGGAUUAUGACGUGGACGAGGAGAUGGAUGAAGGAUCAGAAGGCGCACAAUCAAGCGGAAAUGAGUGGCAAGGGGGCGAGGAGGAAGAGGACAACGAUUUUGAGGGCGACGACGAAGAGGAGUUGAGUGGUGAUGAAGCAGUCUUGAACGGGGAAACUCCAAGCCUCGUGGUGCAGCUCAGAUACAACAAAGACAAAGCACCAAGUAGCCCCAGUGGUCCCGCGGAUGAACACUUAGCGGGGAGGCUCGAGAGCAAGGACGAGGACAUGGCUAAACCAGCCACAGCGACCAACACUGAGGAUUCAUCACAAGUCCAACCGCAACCCGAGUUGAAUGGGCAAUCAACGGCGGCAAAGUCUCCCCCCGAUGCUGCAGUCAGUGCGACCGUACCUGCCAGCGUCGAGGUGUCUCAAUGGCCUCUCAUGCAGGCACAAACCAAAACAGAUUAAAACAUUGGGGUUCACAUGCUAACGCGCCGAAUAAGUAGCUAGUCCCUUGGGAUUAGCCAUUUUCUGGCCUUGAUAGAGUUGUAUGCCCGAGUUUUCUUGUCAAAUGCAGGACAAAACCUGGAUCUUUAUCCAAGGCGUUCUGUCUGUGGGUAGAAUGUGAGGGGACAGCAGCCUCUAGGAAAAUGGUGCUUUUAUUAGAAGUGUGAUGCUCGGUCUGGAGUUCUCUGCGAUGGCUAUAUGGUAGGAUGGCCACGCCGUGGAUUUGAAUUAGGAUGACGGAUUACCCAAGACAGGAACUGUCUUACAACAUGAGAUUUGAUAUAACCGCUUGCUGGGGCUAUGCGCUAUGUACAUUACUGAAUUUGCAAGCUUGAGAUAAACGGCAGGCGCCUGGAAUCUCUCAGGAUCCAGCGAGACUGGAAGAGUGUAUGAAAGGAAAGCCCAAGCUAAGAUGGAUGCUUGCUGUUCUGAACGCCGUACGCUGAACACCCGAAAUGCAG